GCCGCCUAACAAAAACAGAGAGUUGUGGAGGGAAGGUGAAGCGGGCGGGGGGUGAACUGGGGACGAGGUACGAUGGAGAAAACCUGCCGCCGCACUCGACCGGAGGCGGCCAGAGAGACGAUGCUGUGGACUCUGGACAAAGGGACGCGGGUGGCCUUCUGGGGUGGAGUAAGCGCCCUCCUCGCCACCUUCCUCGACGCCUUCGGUCUCGCCUCCUGCAGCCUCGCCUUCCCCGUCGCCUGGGUGCUCACCGCGGCUGCUUACCUGUACCGGGCCAGCCUGACGGUGUCCCCGCAAGGCAAGUCUGUGGUGGUAACUGGUUGCGACUCUGGCUUCGGUCACGCCCUCGCCCUGCACCUCCACAAACUGGGCUUCAGAGUGUUCGCGGGAUGCCUGGACGUCAACGGUGAGGGCGCUGCUACCCUGAAGCGCCAUGGGUCGAGUCGCCUGGUGGUGCUGCAAAUGGACGUCACUAAUCAGGACCAGCUGGUGAAGGCGGCACAGGAGGUGAAGAAGCAGCUGCCUAGUGGAGAGGGGCUCUGGGGGCUGGUGAACAACGCUGGUCUCUGCACGCUGGGCCCCGUUGAAUGGCUCUCCCUCAAGAACUUCAAGAGAGAUCCUGAGGUGAACGUGUUUGGGCUUAUCUCAGCGACCAAGGCGUUCCUCCCUCUCAUCAGGCGAGGCAAAGGUCGAGUGGUGAGCGUGGCCAGCGUGGCGGGACGGCUUAGCACUGGCUUCAUGGCGGCUUACAGCACCUCCAAGUAUGCUGUGGAGGGAUUCAACGACGCCCUCAGACUAGAGAUGCAGCCCUUCGGUGUGAAAGUGUGCCUAAUAGAACCAGGAAACUACGCCAAUGGAACCUCUCUCUUCGCUAUGGACGACGUGGUGGACCGCGAGGUGAUGUCCAUGUGGAACAACCUGAGUGACGAGCUGAAGGCAGACUACGGCGAGGACUUCUGCAGGAAAGUGAAGGGAUUCAUGAAAAAUUUCCGCAGAAAGGGGGAAAGGGACAUUAACCCAGUGAUCAACGCUUUCACGGAAGCCCUCACGCAGCAGCACCCUCAGGCCCGCUACUGCCCUAUGACGCCUCUCACCCUGUUCGUCGCCCUGGUCAGUACUCACCUGCCCGAGUGGUGCUACGACGGCCUGCUGCAGAUCCUCGCCCUCCUGCUGCUGAAGAAGGAGGACAUGUAAACUUCAAGGGGGAUCUGUAGACUUGUUCAUCUCCGCCUUAAAGUGUUGCAUGAAUUCAAGACAAGCAGCUUAUGAUGAUGCGAUGGCAAUGUUGACUCCUGAGCAACAGUCCCACCAAGAACACUGUAGUACCUUGUGUGUGGCGAGGAACGUAAGUAAAGUUGCCAUCCUGAGAGAGAGAGAAAGAGGCGGAAUACUUAAGCUGACAGAACGACUGACUGACUUAAGUUUCCAUCACGAAAGACUGAUCUCAUCCAAACCAUCUGUUACGGUUGUUCCUUUCAUCCAUCCAGUAACAUAAUAAAGUUCAUUUUGUUAUGUA